ACCACCUUUACAUUUUUUUUCGUUGACGCUUGAACUUUCACCUGCGUGCGGAGGAAGUGACGUCACACCAGGAAGUAAUGCUCGCUGCUGGCCGACAGCAGUGAACACACAACAGCAGCAGCAGCAUCCACAUUAGCAGCAACACUGGCUGGAGUUUUGUGGUUAAGCCACCGCAUGAACGUGUGAAGAGCUGAAUGUCCUCCAGCCGCUGAACAUGCCACCGAGAUGACUCACCGGUGGCUUGGACAUCUGUGAAUCCUUAAAAGAUGAGGCUUGCUUGUAAUGAUAGUUACUGUAGGAACAAACCACACUGACAUGGACAACAAACUAAAGCCAAUCAUGACUUGCUUUUUUGCACAUCACAUUCACUAAUUAAUCAAACUGCAUUCAUCAUUAGAUAGUUUUGAAUGGCUCUCAGUUAAUAACCAGUGCUGACAAUGUCACUGGGUGAGCAGUCUCAGAAGUGGUUUCCAACCCAUGUCCAAGCCACAGUUCUUCAAGCAAGCGGUUUACAACCCAAGGGCAAAAAUGGCACCAAUGAUGCCUACACUAUCAUUCAGCUGGGCAAGGAGAAGUACUCGACGUCAGUGGCAGAGAAGACACUCAGUCCAGUCUGGAGAGAAGAAGCCUCCUUUGAGUUACCUGGUCUGCUUAUGGAGGGCAACCCUGAAGUGUACGAACUCUGCCUCAUAGUGAUGCAUCGAUCCCUGGUUGGGAUGGACAAGUUUCUGGGUCAGAGGUCCAUCAAUCUCAAUGAAAUCUUUGAUAACAAGGAGAGAAAGAAAACUGACUGGUAUUCCCUGGAGUCCAAGCCGGGAAAGAAGAGGAAAGAACGAGGCCGCAUCCAAGUCAGCAUCCAGUUCAUGAGGAACAACAUGACGGCCAGCAUGUUUGACCUCUCCAUAAAGGAAAAGCCACGCUCGCCUUUCUCUAAGCUUAAAGACAAAAUGAAAGGUCGUAAACAUGACAGCGGCUUCGGUGACACGUCUUCAGCCAUCUUGCCUCGCUCUGCCGCAUGUGACUUGGAGCCCAGCCAUCAGUCGUUUGCUCCAGACCUACAAACUGAGCCUGAAACAAAGGUCAAGAGACCACUACUGGCAGGGGCCCAUAAACUCUCUGCGGCCCAUUCCAUGUCAGAUCUCAUUGGGACGCACUCCCGACCCAAACAGGACUCUAUAAAUUCAAUGGAAGAAAGUGGGAGUACAGGUGGACCUCACAGGCGUUCCCAGAGCGAGAUGCCAGGCUAUCAGGACGGCGAGGCACACAGUGACCCUUUUACUGAUAUCAGUGACACCCUGCCACAGAAGUAUGCCACGCUCCCACGCAACCGCAACCCAUUUGAGGGGGAGCAAGGGCAGCUGUGGGACCGUACAGAGCGGAAGGAGAAAAAAGAGAAGGUCAGCCUAUUGGAACGCGUGACAGGAAAGAAGGAAGGCCGCAAGACCAGCAACGGGGGCCGAUCAGGCAGCUCUGGAGACCUGCGUUCCCCCAACCCCUUUAGCGGCGAAUCAAAAGCAGACACUAACCCGUUCAGCUCCAACUACAAAGUCCGUGAUAAAAAGUCAACAGGAAAAGAAGACAUCACCUUUGGCCAGAAGAAGAAGGACGUAUACGUUAAGAAAAAAGAGCUGACAAAGGAGAGUGUGGCGGCCUAUAGCAACUUGUCCUUUGAGGAAGUUGUGCAGGAACUAAUCAAGCAGAAAGAAGUGGUGAAAAAGAAAGACGCCCACAUCAGGGAGCUGGAAGACUACAUCGACAACCUCCUAGUCCGCGUCAUGGAGGAAACGCCAAGCAUUCUGCGGACACCAUAUGAGCCAAAAAAGAAGGCGGGUAAACUUAAUAAAAAAUAGUAAGAAGCCAAGAAACAUGAGGAUAAAAAUUUACAAGUAAAGUUUAAGUGGUAGCUUAUGUAUCAGUAUCAUAUGGUAAAAUAACUGGGAAUAAAUGGGAUUGAUCAAGGCCAAAAUUUAUGAUUGAGCUAUGUUCUAACAUUUUUACUCGAUGGAGGUGGUUCUUAAAUACUUUUUCAAAAGGUUUUGGUUAUUUUAGUUCUUUUAGUUUCUUCCCCUCUUUGUUUGACAUUCCUAUACAUCCAUUUUCAAAACUCUGGAUACUUGCAGUUUAUUUUUAGGUACUUAAACAGGAUAUCUGGUAUUCAUCAGCUAAUUCAAAUCAACUCAAAUCCAUAUUUUGUGACAAAGAUGAAGCUUAGCUGUAUUGAAUGCACUUGUGAACCUACAGAGGUCUGUUGCACACAGCUGCUAUCAUCUGUCCAGAGGCUCUUAAGGUGCAGCCAAAUUCAUGUUUACCAAAUGUAGCUGUAGUUGUGUGCUGUUUGCUGAAAGACGGUCGAGUGGUUGCGAAGAAAGCUUUAGGUGCUGUGUUUAUACUCGAGCAAAACUCUUAAACACAAUGCCUAAAAUACUGCGCACAUUUAGCAGAGGCAGUGUUGAUUUUGUUGCAAGUCUCCUAUUCUGAGGCUCUUGGCUGCAAAUGUGCAUGAACUCUGCUCUCCUGAGUGAUUUAUACGGAUUCUUAGAAAGAGAGUUAUGAUGAGAAGUUGCUGGACAGUAUCUGGUUUCUCUCUAGCUUACUGACUCAUGUUCUUCUUUUCAAAGAACAAAUGUACAUCCCUUUUAUUGUUUGCUGACUUUACAUUCUUUAUUUUAUCUGUGACGACUAUCAAAUAACUUUCUUGGACCGAGGAUCUCAUGUUCACUUGUUGAAGGUAAUCGUUUUUACUUAAGCUUUAAGUGCAAUAAUCAUGACCUAAGCAUUUUGUGUUAUAUAUUCUGCUGGAAAUGCUCUUGUUUACAUUUCAAUCACAUCUCUUAAUAUUGAUUUGAUUCUUUAGAAAAGCUUGGGAGUUCUUUGUUACAGCCUACAUUGAUUUACAUGCCUUCAUUUCCUCCAAAUACAGUUUUAGCUGAAGAUUGUACUUAUGGUACAGAGUGGCACUUGCAUAUCUUCUAAACAAGCAUUUACACAUGAAUAUUAUUUUGAAUGUAUUUGUAAUGUACGCUACAAUACCCCAAUCCCCCCUCUCUCACAACCUGUUCUACUGUAACAAUACUUUAUAGUUAGUAUAAAUCUAAAAAGAAGCAUUUUCAUAUGUUAUGGACUUACAGAUACACUUUUUUUAUAUGUUAUUCACAUAAGCAUUCGUAUGUUUACUGUUACUGAAAAUCUUAUAACAGCGCCAUAGUGUACCGCUAUUUGUUUUUUCCAUUACCAAAAAAGUCCAAAUUCAUAUUGAUGAAAGUCUUUGCCAAGCAUCACCCAUAGCACUGACAGUCUAUAUUAUGUUCCCUGUCCUCAUUUCACAGUUUAGUGUCAUCUCAUACAUCGCGUCAAUCUGUGAUGCUAAUGCCAUAACAACAUAUGUUGUUUCCAUGUUAAACAGCACUUUGUUAUUUUGUUUCAGUUACUACUGAACUAAUGUUAUGCUGACCUAUGGAGCAGCUGUGGAAUCACACUACUGGUACUAAAAUGAGCUACAUGACUAUCUUUUUAGGUUUUGGUCUCACAAAGAGGCCGUUCCUUGUCCAUGUUCAACAAUAGAAUAGUCAUUUAGUGAUGUUUGGGGUUUACAUUUUGAAUUUGUUUAUUUUUUACUUCCUGGAAAGCAGCUUCAUGAACAGUGUUAAAUAUGCUUUGUAUUAUCACAGUUACUGUCCUUUACUGAAAAUUGCGCACCAUUUUUAAUGAUAUAUCUACAAUCUCUAUUAGAUGAUGAUCAUUCUUGUCCUGUUGCUGGUAUUAAUUCUGCUUUUUAAUCUGUUUAGUAAUUACUUUCCAAUCUAAAGUCUUCUGACCUUUACACUGUAUGAUACAAAAUCACAGGUGAGAGAAAGUGCUACGCUUUUUCUAUAGAAUGUCAACAGUCAGAAACAACUCGAUUUCCUUUUUUAUGAAUGUUGCACCAAUGAGAAACACAUAUUGUCUUGUGCCGAUUAUUAUAAUUUUCUGCUGCUGCGAUAGAAGUUAUUUCCUCUGAAGGUACGUCAUCUCUUUUCUGCACUUGAAUCCUAAAUCUCGUCACUGAAUGUAUUCUGGUAGGGUUUGAAACGCGUCAUUUUGAAAUGUAUAAUAUACAGUUCAAUAAUCAGGCCAAUUGAACCCUGCUUGCCUUUGAAGUAUUUGGUGUAUCCAAAGAGAUCAUUUCAUGGGUGAUUUUCUUUUUCUUUCUUAGUUCUUCGUUUUGUCAGACAAAACUUUCCUCUGGACAUGAAGUUUCUGUCCAUACAUUUUAUGCGAUGAUGUGACAUAAAUGCUGGGGAAAUUCCCUUGUACUGGAAAAAGAUAAUUUGAUCUGCACAUAUUUUUUGUAAAGCCAAAAAGGUUUGAAUCAGUUUGUAAAACCCUGAGUAUUAUGAUACUAAUUAAGAAGAUAUGUGGACACGAAUCUGUUUUCCAUUGUAGAAAGACUUCUCACUGAAUGCCUUCCUCCGUGUGUUGAAGUGUAAACUGUCUUAUGUUACAGGCUUUAACAACUGCUUCAACUAGUCUGUUUUUUUUUUAUUGUUAACCAUGGACCUUGCUGAGCUCUUCAUACUUGGCUACAUGGAGUGUAGUUACCUCACCUACCUUGACUUCUUGCACACUGUUAAACGUUUGAAAAUGUGCUUCCUGGGGAUUUAUUCUGAUUAUUCAAACGUCAUUUAAUUGAAAUUUCAAAAGUUGGAAUAAAAGUGUUUGCCACUGA